UCUGAUAAAUAUCCACUUAUUUCACCCAAUUAUUUUCAGUCAGAAAAACGACGUCAUAUGAAAAGUCUUUAUCUGAAAUAAGUUAUCGGGCACUUAAUACGAGAACUAUCUACUAUAAAUACGAUGGAUAAUCGCAUCCUUUAGUCAUUUCAAAGAGAUCAUCAUAAUCGCAGCUCGACAAGAAGGAUGGUCAUCAAAGUCCCUAUCUCCAACCACACUCUAUACGCCUUCAAGACCACGACUGAAAGAUACGUCCUCAUCGCCUGGUCUUCGUUAGCCCUCCUUGUAAACCUGGUCGGGAAUGUCAUCAUCUUGCUGGCAACCGUCCGGUACAAAGCAAUAAAACUGGAUAGGGUGAGUGUGGCCUUGAUAAAAAACAUAGCCAUCAGUGAUAUCCUAAUGGGACUGAACACAAUUUUUCCAAUUCUGGUGUCUCUGAUCGCUGACGGAUGGAUCUUUGGGGACUAUUUGUGCUCCAUUCAGAACUUCCUCAAGGCACCAAUAUUCAUAUCGGCGGAGCUUCUCAUCUGUGCCAUGCAUAUAAGCAAGCUGAUGUGUCUUGCCUUCCCUUUGCGGUCCAUUAACAGGAAGAAAAUAACGGGUAAUUACAUAGCCGCUGCUAUGUGGUUCAUCGCUUGUAUAAUUCCUGCGGUCCAACUCUACAUUGACAAGGACAGUGUGACGUUUGACUACAGGUUGUACAGAUGCCACUACGUCUUCAGAGCCCCGGUCUGGAAGUGGGCUCGCCCGCUGCUCAUCACCUCCAUAAUGGUUAUCCCCAACUUCAUCGUCUUCGCCACCACAAUAGCUCUGCUGGUCUUUGUUCGGGUGAAGAUAGGAACUGUAAACCUGCAAGGAGCCCUGACGUCACUCUACGUGGGAGUAGCGUACGUUCUCUCUUUCGGACCCGUUGCUGUAAACCAGAGCAUUAUCAUUAAUCUCUACCCAAUCAUGGAUGUUGAAACCCGCAGGUUCUUCUUUGUGGUCUUUGCCAGGUUUGCCUUCUUCAUUACCUUCCUGAAUGGCAUGUCCAAUGUGUUUAUCUACAUGAUUUCGGUGAACAGCUUUGGAGAGUUUGUUAAGAAAUCUAUCCUCGGAAAAGUGCGUGUGAAGCUGAGAAGUUUGACUCAGGUCUUUACGAGUUUGGGCACUGGCAGUGUCCGCGGAGUGAGUUUCAACUUAAAGCAAAGAUCGGAGGAACACAAAGUGGCAGAUUGACUAGCAACCACUGUCGCAGAAGCUUAUAUGACUGUCGAUUUUUGUACGAGAUUAUAGAAACUCAUUU